GGGAGCCGAGACGCAUCCCCGUCGGGUAGCAGCCAUGAGCACCCCAGCCGUGCCCCAGGACCUGCAGCUGCCCCCGAGCCAGAGGGCUCAGCCCGCGUUCAGAGAACAAAGAAGACAAAAACUCAAGGAACAUAUGUUAAAAAGAAAAACUUUUUUUGCAUACAAACAGGAAAAUCACAUACCCAGUAGCAGAGACCAGAAAGUGAUGAACUCUGAGGGCCAAGUCCACGAAGAGACAAAAGUUCUGAAAUUUAAAACAAAAAUGGCUGGUAAAGAAAAUGUCAGUAGACCUCCUGGGAACAAAAAUCAUGUAACAAUGGGAAAAAAUUGUAUUCCUUUAAGACCUUCUAAUGAAUUAACCAGUUCAACAAUAGCAGUUGACACACAUAAUUUUGAGGAUAAUAAUCAAAUGGGACAGUCCAUACCAAUUAAAGAUGACCCUCAAAGUCAACACAUGACAUUAAGCCAAGUGUUUCAUCUUAAAAACAACAAUAAAAAGAAACAAAUAUCCACAGAAAAACCAAAGCAAGAUGCUAACAUGUCCAAGAAGCUUGUGCUCGGGUCUUACCGUGGCCAAAUUGUUCAGUCUAAGAUUAAUUCAUUUAGAAAGCCCCUCCCAGUCAGAGAUGAGAGUUCUGCAACAACGAGGAAGCCUUCAGCUGCUGUCCCUAAAGACCCAGAGCCUCCACCCACAGACACUCGCAGUACAACAGUGGGAAGUGAUAGAGCCCCAAACGUGGUGACCACCACGAAACUUGGGAGCACUGCAGCUCAGGACAGACAGCUGGUGCGGCCUCCUAUCAGAAGUCACCGCGACAGUGCUCAGGACGCUGUGAAACUGGGCAUCGGGCAAGCCACUGCCAAUGUUACAAUCCGGAAGGGGCCUCGGGAGAAAGAAUUACUGCAACCAAACACGGUUUCAUCUAGUGCCAAAACCAGUUCUCAGGCUGUAGAGAGAAAGAAGACACUGUCAAGAAGCCUGACCUCUGAAACUGUAGCCAGGCCUGCUUUGUCUUCUAACACCAAACUGGUACAGAAAUCAAAAAGCAUUGACCCUCGCAGACACACUAUAGCAAAAGCAACUCUUGAUAGAUCGGCUCAGCCCAAAGAAACUGCAGAAGAGAGAAAAGUUCGUCUGGGUGAGUGGAAAGCUGGUAAAAGAAAAGUGCUGAAAAGGCCUCCUAGCUCAGUGGUUACCCAGCCUGAGCCUGAAGGGCAAAACGAAAACUCAGUUGGGUCCUUUUGGACGACCAUGGUAGAAGAAGAUGAACAAAGAUUAUUUACUGAAAAAGUAAACAAGACAUUUUCAGAAUGCCUAAACCUGAUUAAUGAGGGGUGCCCAAAAGAAGAAAUAUUGGUCAUACUGAAUGACCUGAUUAAAAAUAUUCCAGAUGCCAAAAAACUUGUUAAAUAUUGGAUAUGCCUUGCACGUAUUGAACCACUCACAAGUCCUAUUGAAAAUAUUAUCACAAUCUAUGAGAAAGCUAUUCUGGCAGGGGCUCAGCCUAUUGAAGAGAUGCGACAUGCAAUUGCAGAUAUUCUAACAAUGAAGAGUCAAGAAAAAGUGAAAUAUGGAGAAAGUAUUGAGGCUUGUGCAACUAAGGAAUACAUCCAAGAAGUUGACAGUGAAGAUAUCGGUGUUAAUCUAGAGUCAGGAAGAGCAGAAAUGGAAAAGAAACCUAGAAAUGUGGUAUUUCAAGAUGGUGAAAAAGAAGAAGAUGACAAAACAAAGGAUCCAACCAAUGAUGUUAAAACCCCCAGUACAGAAACCAGGGGCAGUUGCUUAAUUAAAUAUAAUGUGUCUACUACACCAUACCUACAAAGUGUAAAGAAGAAGAUCCAGUUUGACAACACAGAUACUACAUUUAAAGAGCUAAAGUUUCUAACACCAGUUAGACGUUCUCGACGUAUUCAAGAGAAGACUUCUAAAUUGCCAGAUAUGUUAAAAGACCAUUAUCCAUGCGUGUCAUCACUGGAGCAGUUAACAGAGUUAGGAGGUGAAACUGAUGCUUUUGUAUGCCGUCCGAAUGCAGCGCUAUGCCCCAUGUACUCAGAGCCUGGAACAGCACAAGAGAAAUAAAGUGAUGAUAAGGAACGGGGCUCCUGUUUUUCCUGGGGGCUUUUGUUUGCUUUUGUAUCUUUGUAUGUCUCCUAGGAGUUGGCCAAGUACCUAAGUAUUCAUGGCAGUGCGCUCUUCUACUGAUGUUCACAUUAUAGCAGGAAUUGCCUUCUGUGUAGCAGAAAGCUAAUCCUACCUUGUCAAUCUCAGCAGAGGGAGUUCCUAAGAAAGGUAAAUUUUGUCAAGUAGUUUACUAUGUUCCUUGAAUAUAAACAGGUUUGAUCAUAAUGUUGGCUUGUUCACUUUUAAUAGUCUUAAAUUGUUAGUCAUUAUAUAUAAGUAAUGCGGCAGACAGAAUACUGACUUUUUUUGCCUUUCCUUAAUUUUGGAUCAGUAGGAAAGUCGAUAAUUGUGAUGUGAUGACCCCUUUCAAAAGUGAAGACAUGGAAGAUGUAGCUUGCUUUUCCACCCAAUUCUUGUUACCCGGGCUGCUGUGGUCUCUUGUGCUUUGGCUCUUCACUAUCACUUUCCAUCAAUGCUAGUGAGUCUUUGGUCUCUGUUGGCUUCUUUUUUAUUGUAGCUGAGGUCACCACAAACAAUGAUUAACUAAAUGCCCCAUUUCUAAGAGGAAAUACUUUGUAGUAAAAAAGAAAAUGUGCCAAACGCAGUGGGUAUUUGAAACUUUAAAUCUGAGUUUCUUUCUUUAGUUCCUUUUGUAACUUGGCUGUCUAAAAUGUUAAAACUUUAACUUUCCUCAUUUCAUUUGAUAUAGUUGUAGACUAUUAGAAUGGAAUUAGAGAAGGAAUAUAUAAUGUCAUUCUCAUUUAGGUAGUAUUUUUUAAAGAACUAAUAUAAAAUAUAAUAAAAACUUUACUGUUAAGUCUAUGUCCCUUGAAACAUGAUAGU